UGUUCACCUGGUUUCCAAAGACAGACAUUUGGUUGUCAGUCAUGUUUGUGUCUUUGAUUAUCAGUGUUGAACUGCUGAUGAUUUGAUAUUGUAUUUUAUAGCAGCUCACAUGUUGAUACGGGUGUAGUGGAAAUGGAUACUGGAUUAGAGGAUCUUGAGCUGAGAGAGUCUCAGAGGGAGUACCUGGACUUUCUGGAUGAUGAUCAAGACCAGGGCAUUUAUCAUGAAAAGGUUAGGAGUAUGGUGUCUGAGGGCCAGUGUCGUCUUAUUGUAAACAUUAAUGACCUGAGAAGAAAAAGUGAAAAAAGAGCUAAAGAAUUACUGAAUAAUGCUUUUGCUGAGCUGGUUGCGUUCCAAAAAGCCCUAAAAUAUUUUGUGGCUUCAAUAGACGCCACUUACGCUAAGCAGCUUGAAGAGUUCCAUGUUGGUUUUGAGGGCAGCUUUGGGAACAAACAUGUCUCUCCACGUACUCUAAGUGCACGCUUUCUGGGAAGGCUUGUGUGUGUGGAAGGCAUUGUGACCAAAUGUUCCUUGGUCAGGCCCAAAAUUAUGCGUAGUGUCCACUAUUGUCCAGCCACCAAGAAAACCCUGGAACGAAAAUACACUGAUCUUACCUCACUGGAUGCUUUUCCUUCCAGUGCCAUCUAUCCAACUAAAGAUGAAGAAAACAAUCCUCUGGAGACCGAGUUUGGGCUGUGCUGUUAUAAGGACCACCAGACACUGACCAUUCAGGAGAUGCCAGAGAAAGCCCCUGCUGGACAGCUGCCACGUUCUGUUGACAUCAUUGCGAACGAUGACCUUGUCGACCGGGUGAAACCAGGUGACCGUGUGCAGAUUGUAGGGGUCUACCGUUGCUUGCCUGCGAAACAGGGCGGUUUCACCUCUGGGACCUUCAGAACAAUCCUGUUGGCUAACAAUGUGAAGCUUAUGAGUAAGGAGAUUGUGCCGACGUUUUCUGCAGAUGAUGUUGCCAAGAUAAAGAAGUUUUGCAAAGCUCAUUCUAAAGAUGUCUUUGAGCAACUGAGCCAUUCUUUGGCUCCCAGUAUCCAUGGCCAUGAGUACAUAAAGAAGGCAAUUCUGUGUCUGCUGUUGGGAGGCAAUGAGACCAACCUGGAGAAUGGAACACGCAUCAGAGGAGACAUAAAUAUUCUGCUCAUAGGUGAUCCUUCAGUAGCGAAGUCUCAGUUGCUUCGGUAUGUUUUGUUCACGGCACCAAGAGCAAUUCCCACCACUGGACGAGGCUCAUCUGGGGUUGGUCUGACAGCUGCGGUCACGACUGAUCAGGAGACGGGUGAGCGUCGCUUGGAAGCAGGAGCCAUGGUGCUUGCUGACAGAGGUGUGGUGUGCAUUGAUGAAUUUGAUAAGAUGUCUGACAUCGACCGAACAGCCAUCCAUGAGGUGAUGGAGCAGGGUAGGGUCACCAUUUCCAAAGCUGGGAUUCAGGCACGGCUUAAUGCUCGCUGCAGUGUGUUAGCUGCUGCCAACCCAGUGUAUGGAAGGUAUGACCAGUAUAAGACCCCAAUGGAGAACAUUGGGCUCCAGGAUUCCUUGCUUUCCCGAUUUGAUCUGCUCUUCAUAGUUCUGGAUCACAUGGAUCCGGACAGCGAUCGGGAGAUCUCGGAGCAUGUGCUGCGGAUGCAUCGCUACAGAGCACCAGGAGAACCGGAGGGAGCAGCAAUGCCACUGGGGAGUACAGUGGAUGUGUUUGCCACUGAGGACCCGAACAUCACCGAAGCAGCCGAGCAGGAGCUACAGAUAUAUGAGAAAAAAGACAAUGUCUUGCAUGGCCACAGGAAGAAAAAGAGUUGUGACGAGGAGUUUGACCAGAAUGAGAUUAACCUUCUGCUGGAGCGCAUGCAGGAUGACAACCAGGUCAUGGUUUCAGAGAAUGUGGUGUUUCUCAUCUAA